AACAUGAUCAACAUUUUUUAAAUACUUGUUCAAAAAAUUUCAAAUACUUAUUCAAUAUUUUUAGAUACUUGUUCAAAAAAUUUCAAAUGUUUUUUGUAGAGAGUUUUUGUAAUAUAUAUUUGAAAUAUUUCAAAAUAAUAAGGAAAUUACAAAAAUAAAGUGAAAUGGAAUCCGAAAAAGUAAAAAAAAAAUAGGAAGAAGAGGCUGCGGCCUCCCGCGUGUGUGGGCCUUCCCAACUAGCUCGCCCCUUCCGCGAGUCAGAAGGCAGACGCGCUAAAGGCGAGAUAUAGGGACGCCAUGCAUCUAGCGCUCAAAAUUGUGUCGACGCCUCUUCCCCGGCGGGUCGGCAUCUUGCAUGAUUGCACGGGGUGGUCGAUGAUGUCGAUGUCCAAUCCAUUCAUAUAUGCACGGUGCGCGCUUCGAGAGCAGAUUUCCGUCAGGAUCUCCCCCCGCCGCUGAGUGCCUGAACUGUACCACCACCACACACGCAGUUAUCACGUACUAGCAAGCCACUCCGUCGUCCUCCAUCCUCGAUCGUCGUUCCAUGCGCGGCUCUGACACAUGGCUGCGCCGGUCCUUCGUGUAGCUUCCAUACGUGUCCGGUCGUGCCGACAUUAAUUCUCACCACGGCGCACAUUCUUUAGCGGUGCGUAUCCAUAUCAGGCGAAAUUUUUCUUAUGUGGAGCCUGUGCAUCAGCUUAUCUCGCUCCACAUCAGGCAACGGCCGGCACGCGCGCCUUAAGUUCACCGCUAGCUGUGUGGUAGUGCUGCCUGCUGCGUCCGCUCCACUCUGCCAGCUAGCGCUCAUGGCAUCUCUUGAGCUCGACUCUACCCUAGUCCUCUGCCUCCUUUUCGUGGUAUCUUGCUUCACCAUCGUCCUCAGAGGCUUCGGAUAUGGCCGAAAGGGCACGCAGCCGCCUUCGCCGCCUGGGUUGCCCAUCAUCGGCAACCUGCACCAGCUCGGGCGGGGCCGUCCUCACCGGACUCUGGAGGCUCUUGCGCGGCGCCACGGCCCGCUCCUCCUCCUCCGCCUCGGCUCCGUGCGGGCCAUCGUGGUCUCCUCGGCCUCGCUCGCCGAGGCGGUGCUGAGGACCCAGGACAACGUCUUCUGCAGCCGCCCGCAGCAGUACACGGCCCGCGGCACGCUCUACGGCUGCCGGGACGUCGGCUUCAGCGCCUACAACGAGCGGUGGCGCCAGCUCCGCCGCAUCGCCGUGGUGCACCUCCUCAGCAUGAAGCGGGUCGACUCCUUCCGCGCUCUCCGGGAGGAGGAGGUCGCGCGCUUCGUGGGACGGGUCCGCGCGGCGAGUGGGAGUGGCGCGCACGAGGGGCGUCGGGGAAUCAACGUGACGGAGCUCAUCAUCACCUUAACCUACACCGUGAUCUCCAGGGCUGCGUUCGGGAACAAGCUUGGUGGGGUGGAGCCGGUCAAGGUCCGCGACAUGAUGAAGGAGCUCACUGACCUGCUCGGCACGAUAGCCGUGAGCGACGUUUUUCCGAGACUAGGGUGGCUGGUGGACUGGGCGACGGGGCUCCAAGCGAGGGUGAAGAGGACGGCGGCCGAGCUCGACAGUAUAAUGGAGAGGACGAUCACGGAGCACGAGGGGGACCCAGGAAAGGACGACGGCGAGGCUCCGGACCUCCUGGACGACUUGCUCUUGAUCGCCAAGGAUGGUGACCAGGGGUUUAAGCUGGAUCGGAUCGAUGUGAAGGGAGUCAUCUUGGACAUGUUCAUAGCAGGCACCGACACGACCUACAAGACGAUAGAAUGGACCUUGGCCGAGCUCAUGAAGAAUCCAAGAGAAAUGGCAAAGGUGCAAUCAGAGGUGAGACAGGUUGCUGCAGGCGCGCAUGGAGGAGUCCUCGAGGAGGAGCUGGAAAAGAUGAACCUCCUACAGGCGGCCAUGAAGGAAACAUUGCGGUUACACCCGCCGGUGCCGCUCCUCAUCCCACGCGAAUCCAUUCAGGAUGCACAGCUACACGGCUAUGACAUCCCGGCCAAGACCCGGGUCAUGGUCAACACGUGGGCCAUAGGGAGGGACGGCGAGUCGUGGGAGAACGCCGAAGAGUUCCGGCCAGAAAGGUUCCUCGGCAGGACCAUCGACUACAAUGGCAAGGACCCUCGGUUCCUACCGUUCGGCGCGGGAAGGAGGGGGUGCCCCGGUAUUGCCUUUGGGACACGCCUCGCAGAGCUCACGCUGGCUAACAUGAUGUACCAUUUCGACUGGGAGCUACCGGAUGGCGAGGAUCCCGAGUCAUUUGAGGUUGUUGAGUCCAGUGGCUUGUCGCCUGGCCUUAAGUCUGCCUUGAUCCUUGGUAUAAAACCUCUGUAAGCAUACAUGGACUGUGUUGGGAGUAA